UAGUUUUUCGUCUUGCUGUGGCUGUCAAAAAGAUUCAGUUCUCUUGUGUGGGAUUUUUGAAAUGGAAAGGAAUUUCUCCCCAACGGAUUAGGGUUCUCAUCGCGAAUCAAGAAUGAGUGACAGGGACUUAAACUUGAGGUAUCAGAGAGAUCAAUAAAGUAACAUGGAGACAAAAGAUAUUGUAAAAUGGUCCAUGGUCGGUUUUUUCAUCCUCUUUUUUUUGACUGGCCUCUCUCUGCUCAUUUUCGCUGUCACCGUAUCAACGCCAUUCGGAGACUACCUUACGAUGAAAGCCGCCGCGUUCCCGGUGAAUUAUGGACUCAGAAUUGGUCUUCUGAUCCUUCUUUUCUUCAUUACUGGGCUGUUUGUCUUUGCGGUAGUGAAAGAAAAUAACAGACUUCUAACAUUACUGGCCAUCUUGUUCAUCAUUUUGUUUCUUGUCGAGUUCAUCAUGGGAAUAGUGUAUUUUACGUUGAAGAAUGAAAUGAUUGUCGGUAAAAAGAAACUUAGCAAUGGGCAGCAAAUGCUGGCCGAGUAUGGAAAGGACGAGAAAGUCACCAAGGCCUUCGAUCAGAUCCAGCAGACUUACGCCUGCUGUGGAAUUGUUGACUAUCGUGAUUGGUUUACUUCAAAAUGGGCAGCAGCUCAGGGGGUGAACAACAGGGUACCAAAGUCAUGCUGUAAGUUCCCGACAGCCACCUGUGGUAAUGAUAUGGACUUAAAGAACCCGAUGGAUUUCAUCAAUAUAUUAGGAUGUACGGGACUAAAUUUCGCCUACGAUGACAAACUGAAAGUGGUGGGAGGGGUAGGUUUGGCUCUCGGUUUUCUGAACUUAUUCGCCCUAUUGUGUUGCAUCAUAUUCUGCUUCUGUUUCAACGCCGCGCGGGGACUUAGUCCUAAGGACGCCUUAAAAGGAGAGGAGCCUAAUGACCAACCGUCGUCGAGCUCAUCGAAUAAGGGCCGUCGACGUUCCUCAGCUCAAAGCUCAUCAGGAUCCUUGCGGCGCCAACCCUCUAAGAAGGCUCUGCGUGCAUCAAGGGAGGACCUUAAUAAUGACGAGAACGAUGAUGACUUACCCUCUUACUCAAAUAAGGAUUUACUCGAUAAAUCUGAAGGAUAGUCAGGAAUCAUUGCCCACUACCCCUCAAUAAAAUGUCUUAGGAGAAUCAACUCGAGUUGAAGGUAAUAGCCAACAGCUUUUGUAAAACCCUUUCUUGAUUUCUUGACGGAACGAGAAAAUCAUAUAUGCUAUAGAUGUUUUUCAUGUAAAAAUAUAUGUCUAUCCACGGGUAUCCACAAUUAUACCAUGACUAGAAUGUCGAUACGAAAAGAGGCCAGCGUGAAAUAGAAGGGAGGGGCACCCUUCUUUAUCGUCCCACUUAAGGAGCUAGCCUACACUGACUUUUACGAAGAAACUAUCACGCGUGUCCAAUAUCUACAUGUUGUAUACUUGAAUAUUAAAACAAGCUGAGGGAAG